AUGGCCAACGCUCCUCACGGUGGUGUCCUCAAGGACUUGCUCGUCCGCGAUGCUCCCAUCGCCGCUCAGCUUCAGCAGGAGGCCGACACGCUCCCCGAGCUCGUCCUCACCGAACGACAGCUCUGCGAUCUCGAACUCAUCAUCAACGGUGGCUUCUCUCCUCUUCAGGGCUUCAUGAACCAGGCCGACUACAACGGCUGCCUCGACAACAUGCGUUUGACCGAUGGCAACCUCUUCCCCAUGCCCAUCACGCUCGAUGUUGACCAGCAGCAGGUCCAGGCGCUUCAGAUCCAGCAGGGUGCCCGCAUCGCCCUGCGCGACCCUCGUGAUGACAACGCUAUUGCCAUCAUCACCGUCUCGGACGUCUACCCCGUCGACAAGGUUCGCGAGGCCAAGGCCGUCUUUGGCUCCGAUGACCUCGCCCACCCUGCCAUCACCUACCUCCACAAAUCCGUCAAGGAGUUCUACGUCGGUGGUGAGGUUCAGGCCAUCUCCAAGCCCGCCUACUACGACUACGUCGCUAUCCGGUACACCCCCGCCGAGCUGCGACAGCACUUUGCCAAGAUCGCCUGGCGCAAGGUGGUCGCCUUCCAGACCCGUAACCCCAUGCACCGUGCUCACCGUGAGCUCACCGUCCGAGCUGCCCGUCAACGCCAGGCCAACGUGCUCAUCCACCCCGUCGUCGGCAUGACCAAGCCCGGUGACGUCGACCACUACACCCGUGUUCGCGUCUACCAGUCGCUCAUGCCUCGUUACCCUAACGGCAUGGCCACGCUCGCUCUGCUGCCCCUCGCCAUGCGCAUGGGCGGUCCCCGCGAGGCCCUCUGGCACGCCAUCAUCCGCAAGAACUUCGGUGUCACUCACUUCAUUGUCGGUCGUGAUCACGCCGGUCCGGGCAAGGACUCGAGCGGCAAGGACUUCUACGGCCCUUACGACGCCCAGACGCUCGUCACCAAGUACACCGAGGAGCUCGGCAUCGAGAUGGUCCCCUUCCAGCAGAUGACCUACAUCCCCUCGACCGACGAGUACCAGCCCGUCGACGAGGUGGCUGCCGGCACGCAGACCAUGGACAUUUCCGGUACCGAGCUGCGUCGUCGUCUGCGCACCGGCGCUGCCAUCCCCGACUGGUUCUCCUACGAGUCGGUGGUCAAGACGCUCCGCGAGUCGUACCCACCCAAGGCCAAGCAGGGCUUCACGCUCUUCCUCACCGGCCUGCACAACUCGGGCAAGGACCAGAUCGCCCGCGCCCUCCAGGUCAAGCUCAACGAGCAGGGCGGUCGUUCCGUUUCGCUCCUCCUUGGCGAGACGGUGCGUUCGGAGCUCAGCUCGGAACUCGGCUUCUCGCCCGAGGACCGGGCCAAGAACAUCCAGCGCAUCUCGUUUGUCGCUGCUGAGCUGAGCCGUGCCGGUGCUGCGGUGAUCGCGGCGCCCAUUGCGCCCUACGAGAAGUCGCGCGCCGCUGCCCGCGACACCAUCACCAAGACUGGCGGUGCUGGCAACUUUUUCUUGAUUCACGUCGCUACGCCGCUCGAGUUCUGCGAGGCCACCGACAGGAAGGGCAACUACGCCAAGGCGCGCGCUGGCCAGAUCAAGGGCUUCACCGGUGUUGAUGAUGUCUACGAGGAGCCCACCGACGCUGAUCUCGUUGUCGACAUCAGCAGGCAGUCGGUCGCCGAGAUCACCCACUCGAUCAUUCUCCUGCUCGAGGCUCAGUCGCUGAUCUAG